AUGGCAGCUAGGUCGUUGGUCUCAAUAAAUUUAAUAAACAAAAACAUUUUGCCCUGUUCAUCAGCCUCAAUCAGCCCUUUACUCGUCUCUAAAAUUCCAAGAACAAAUUUUACUACGGCCCAAUUUGCUGAACAAAGAAAUCGUGUUUUUUCUCCAUCUCGGAUAAAGGGCCGGGCCCAAGACCCGACUUACCAUCAGGAAAAUCUGCCGCCAGAGAUUCCAACUCCUCCAACUGAGAUGCCGCAGAGGCCCAAUGUUCCGGAAAUUGGCCCAACUCCUCCGGAGAUGCCUGCUGACCCACCACCUCUCUCGCCUGGGCCUAACCCAGGCCCAGAGUUUCCAAACCCACCGGAUCUGAUUCCACCAAAGCCGGAGGCACCUCGGCCACCUAUGCCUUCUCCACCCGAGAUAGUACCACCUGAUGUGACACCUCCUAAAUCACCGGAGCCUAGCCCGCCGUAUCCCGACGACCCACCUCUGAUGAUAGGCUCAGAUGGGCUGGCCUUUUACUGA